AUGGAGAAUUGCAAAGCAACUAGCACACCGGUUGCUGUUGGAGAAAAACUAUCGAGCCAAGAUAAGCAUGAAAAGGUUUGUGAAACAACCUAUCGAAGUCUAGUUGGAUGUUUGUUGUAUUUGACUGCUACUAGACCUGACAUAAUGUAUGCUGUGAGCCUACUCUCGAGGUUUAUGCAUUGUUCAAAUGAAAGUCACUUUAGAGCUGCAAAAAGGGUUCUAAGAUACAUCAAAGGAACCUUGUCCUAUGGAAUGCAGUUUACCAAGGCUGAGAACUUGAAACUGGUUGGCUACUGUGACAGUGAUUGGGCAGGUUCUUUAGAUGAUAUGAAGAGCACUACGAGUUAUGCAUUCAACAUAGGCUCCGCUAUGAUUUGCUGGAGUUCAAAGAAACAGGGAGUAGUGGCUCAGCCGACUGUAGAGGCAGAAUAUGUGGCUGCUGCUGCAGCAAUCAAUCAAGCCAUAUGGCUUAGAAAAUUUUUGAAAGACAUUAACCAUGAGCAAAAUGAAGCAACUGAGAUAAUGUGUGAUAACCAAUCUGCAGUUGCUAUUGCAAAGAAUCCUAUUUUUCAUGGAAGGACCAAGCACUUCAAUAUCAAGCUCCAUGCAGUUCGAGAAAUGGAACAAGCUUAG